GUUGUUUUCUGCUUGGUCCUAGAGCUCAACUAGUGUCAAUUUAAUAUAGCGUAAUAUUGUUUUUGGAUGGUAAAAAGUGCAGGGGUCAAAACUUGACUUUGGAAAACGUGGGGGGGGAGGGGGGCAUGUCCCCCCGUCCUCCCCCAAAAUUACGUCCAUGCUGCAACCCCAGUAUAAUGCGGUUCCUUUCUACUCCUGGAAAUGUCUUGUUACAAAAUCUGCAGAAAUCAUUGGACAGCUACUUUUUGCAGGAGGAGUUAAACAUAAUGUGUCAUUUUAAAAACAAGCUGGACCUGGUAUUUAGAGUUAGAGUAGUAGUAGUCAAAGAUAGCUUUUAAGCAGCAAAAUGUUAUUAUUAUGCACUUCUGAAAAUUGCCUUUUUUUAAAUUAGUCUGAGCUAUUUCAUUUUGUCUACGACUCACUAAAGAUUUUUAUUGAAGCAACUCACUCUGGAUUCAAGAGGGAUGGACCCAGCAUUUCUCAUCAACAAGAGUACGGAGAGUACUUCUUGUCUAAUAGUACUAAACCCUUCAGCACUACGUUCAUUUUUAUAUUUGUUCAUUGGAAGUAUGGUAUCUAUUCUUACAGUGAGUGGCAACCUUCUGGUGACGACCUCUGUCAUUUACUUCAAACAGCUUCACACACCUACAAACUAUCUCAUCCUCUCUCUGGCUGUGGCUGAUCUGCUUGUUGGUGCUUUGAUUUCAUUGUUUAAUAUGACACUGAACGUACAGCUGGGCUCUCAGUCAGGGGAUUUCUUCUGUAAAGCGCGAAGGAGCCUUGAUAUUUCUCUUAUGUCGUCAUCAAUUCUUAACAUGUGCUGCAUUUCUGUUGACAGAUAUUUUGCAAUAUGUCACCCUCUAACUUAUAAAACAAAAGUAACCGUUACUGUAGUUUCAUUAAUGAUCCUGUUUUCCUGGACUGUUUCAGUCCUCUCUGGAUUUGGAAUUAUAUUUGGAGGACUUAAAAAUACUGUCUGUGAUGCAAGGUGCUUCUUAUUUCGCAUUCCACUGUCAAAUGUAAUUGGUACAGCUGUUUCAUUUUACUUACCAGUGAUUAUAAUGUUUAUUAUCUACCUUAGGAUUUUCUUUGUUGCACAGAAACAAGCAAAUAGCAUCCAGAACCUAACUUGUCAGAGCAAAAAGUCUGGAGCAAUAGCCAGUAAAAUGGAAAGAAAGGCCACUAAAACUCUGGCCAUUGUCAUGGGAGUUUUCCUUUUCUGUUGGACCCCGUUCUUUCUCUCCAUAACUGUCAAACAAGUGACAAAUGCAGUUCCAUUGAUACUGAUUGAAACUGUAGUUUGGCUUGGACGGUGUAAUUCUAUGCUUAAUCCAUUUGUUUAUGGGUGUUUUUAUAGCUGGUUUCGAUCAGCGUUCAAGCUGAUCAUCUCUGGAAAAAUAGUCAAUAGCAAUUUAAAAAAUGCUAAACUGUCAUAAAUGUGUGGUGAAUAAAUAUGUCUUGAAUUAUUUUCAGAAAGGUGUAUAUGAAGAAUAUUCAGUAAAAUAUAGGCUCUUAGUUCAUAAUGACUUGCUGCAUUACAGUAACUUUGUUCCUUAAACUUUUAAAUUAAAAACUUG